AUGGCUUUAAUGUCGUUGGUUUUUGUAGGCUACGAGUACAGUUCAUGUCCUCACAUUAUAUGGGAAGUCCAAACAACUCAAGUUAGUGGUCAUGAUAUGAGUAUAUCUGAAAUUGGUGGAUGGAAUUUAGAUAUUCAUCAUAGAUAUAAUUUUCAUGAAGGCAUACUCCAAAAAGGGGAUGGUUCAAAUAUUUAUUUGAAAAACAAACCAAGGGUGCUUGUGACUGCAAUGGGGGAUGGACAUCAAAGGCCGAUGCAUUGUCAUCAGUGUGAUGGAGUAGCGAAGCGCCAAAGACUUCUUGCUCCUGUUGCUUUAGCAGCUGCGCCAGAUGGAAGUUUAUAUGUUGGGGAUUUCAAUCUGAUUCGCAGAAUAUCAUUAGAUGGGCAUGUAACAACAGUAGUUGAGCUCAGUGCUGCACAAGUUGCAUACAGAUAUCAUUUGGCUGUUGGACCCGCUGACAGCAAGCUGUAUAUUUCAGAUCCAGAGAAGCAUCAAAUUUUUCGAGCUAUUGAAUAUGUCAAUAUACCUGACAUUAAGAACAACAUUGAAGCUGUCGUUGGCAGUGGUGGAAAAUGUCUUCCUGGGGACAAAAUGCUUUGUGGAGAUGGUCGAAAAGCAAGGGAUGCAAAAUUAGCCUAUCCUAAAGGGAUUGCCGUGUCUGCUUAUGGGGAGAUAUAUAUUGCCGACGGAACAAACAUAAGAAUGGUUGACAGAAGUGGUGUAAUUCAUACAAUUAUUGGAGAUCAUUAUCAUAAAAGCCAUUGGAAACCGUUUCCUUGUGGAAGAACUGUAGCUUUGUCUCAAGUUCACCUUAGAUGGCCUACAGAGCUUGCAAUAAACCCUCUUGAUAAUUCAUUGCACAUUUUGGAUGACCAUAUAGUUCUCCGAUUGACUCCAGACAAGCGUCUGAAAGUGAUUGCUGGGAGACCCAUGCAGUGUCCAAUCCUACCUCCAUCUGCAGAAAAGUCUGAUAUUGCAACUGAGAGCUACUUGGAAUCUCCACAAAGCAUUUCAUUUUCACCUAGUGGUGAAUUGUAUAUUGCUGAGAGUGAUUCGCAGUUGAUCAAUAGAGUAAGAGUUGUCAGCAGCGAAGGAAGAAUCGUAACUUACGCAGGCGCUGAAUCAAAAUGCAGUUGUUUAGAUAUCAACUGCAAAUGUUUCGAUGAAGAUCAUUAUUUAGCUGCCAAAUCUCAACUCAGUACUAUUUCUUCAAUUGCUAUAACACCAGAUGGCUGUUUGCAUGUUUGUGAUCAGGGCAAUCUGAGAAUACGAUCUGUUGUAACCUCCUUGCCAAAGGCAAAUGACCUGGGAGAAUUCCAUAUAUAUUCAUCAGAAACUCAAGAAAUCUAUAUAUUCAAUCGCCAUGGGCAACACACUUCAACGAAAAAUAUCCUUACAGGGAAAACGGUUUAUUUGUUUUCUUAUAAUGUGAAUACAAGUUUGGGAAAAUUAAGCACUGUUACUGAUGAGGCUGGUAACAAAAUUUAUAUUCUCAGAGACUACAGCAAUCAAGUGAAUACAAUAGAAAACACACAAGGUGGGAAGUGCCAGCUGGAAAUGUCAAGAAUGCAAAUGCUCCAGGGUUUUACCACUCCGGAUAAUUUCAAAACAGCUUUUGAGUAUCAAGGCAGCACCGGUUUGCUAAAGAGUAAAUUGGACAGUGCAAGAAAAGCUUUUGUUUACAAUUAUGACAAUUAUGGGCGCCUAAUCCAUGCUGUCACUCCCACUGGGCAAGUAAUUAAGCUUCUCUAUAACUUGAGUGUUAAAGGAGCAUCAGUAACUGUUACUCAAAAUGAUAAGGAAGUUUUAUCAUUGCUCAUUAGAGGAUAUGAUGUUACGAAAACGACAGGUCUUAUGCAACAAAGGAUAACACAAUUCCCAGAUGGUAGUCUCAAUCUGGCUUUAGAUGAUUCAAAAAUCAUAGAAAUGGAAACUGUCCCCAGCCCUGUCAUAACUGAUCAGAAUGAAGUAUUGGGAGAAAUAUUUCCUGUGCCUGCUAAAAUGAAAGCCACCUUGAGUGAUGAUGUCAUUCAAAGAUUUGAAUGGAAGUACUAUCUUCGAAGAGAGGGAAAAGGGAAAAAUCGUCAAAUUACCCAAGUUGGAAGGAAAAUGAAGGUGAACGGCGAGAUCUUGGUUGCAGUCGAAUUCGAUAGAGAACAAUACAGCGAGAUUGUAUACGAUAAAAAUCAAAUUCCUCUUGUGACAGUGCACUAUGAUGAACUUGGGAGACCUGUUCAAUGGCAGCCUAGCCAGAAUAUCACUCCAGUUCAGUUGAAGUAUGACAAGUUCGGUCGCCUGGAAAAAUGGGAGAGGGGUGCACUUUCAGAGCGCUACUCUUUCGAUAACAAUGGAAGGUUGGCGGACAUCCGCUUCUCAGACAGCAGUGGAAUCAUGUACAAAUAUGAUGAUGCUCCUGCAGCACUGCCAACUGAAGUUAUCUUGCCUAGUGGUAGCAGAUACCUUCUUCAGUACGACUCUGUUGGAAGUCUUCAAAACGUGAUCAUGCCAAAUGGACAAAAGCAUGAAAUAGCUAUUCAGAUUUCCUUUGGAUUUUACAAGCAGCUAUACUUGUCUCCUGGUAUAAGGUAUCCCUAUGUCAUACAAAAGAACGAAGUGGGUCAAAUAUUAGUCAAGCACUUGCCAAAGAACAAAGGUCGUGUUGUAUAUAAAUAUGACCAAGGUGGAUUGCUUGCCACCCAGAUAUGUGGUCCAGAGCGCACUGAUUUCGCUUAUUACGAGCAAAAAUCCCUGAUGAAGUCUGUUGUAAAAGUUGCAUCUGGAUUAGAAUUGAAAAUAGACUACCGAUACCAUGGCUCUCUGCUGAAGGAAGAAAGACAUCGUUUCAGCAGCAGAAGUGGCAUGGAUGGGGCCAAAUUUAAAUAUGUUUAUGAAGGGCGUUUGUCUUCAGCUGUUGUCGAAAUUAAUGGAAAGAGUACGUCAGAAAUCAAGUAUCGGUACAACACAGAAACAGGCAUCCUGGAACAAAUACAGCACUUCAUUAUCCAUAGACCAAAAAUAAACAGCAUAUUUAUCCAAGAUGAAAUGAGACAAUAUUCCAAAACUAUUGGGUUAGAUGCUUAUAGCAGGAUUGUUGUUUUAGCUGUGACUUUGUGGAACAAAGAAAUAUACUCCCUGAACUUGGCUUAUGAUAACAGAAAUCGAGUGAAACAGUCGAGAAUAAAAAUUGGGAGGGAUGGAAUGAAUAAUGUUUGUAAUUAUACUUAUACAUUAGAUGGGUUCUUAGAAGAAGUCUCUGGUACAGAUAGAUGGAGAUAUUCCUAUGAUAUCAAUGGGAAUCUAAACAGCAUCUUCGAUGGCCAGCAUCAACUGUCAUUGAGAUAUGAUGAUGGUGAUCAUUUAACAGGUUAUGGUGAUUCUGUAUCCUACAGUGUUGAUGCACGUGGUUUUAUAGUUCAAAGAGGUGAAGAAAGAUUCAUAUUCAAUGCUGAUGGUCAGUUAACUCAUGCCUUUCAGCUUCACCAAUAUGAGGCAUUCUAUUACUAUGACCACAUGAAUAGGCUCAUCGCACGAAAAGAUCAUCGUGGCAACGUCACGCAGUUCUUUUACUCGGAUCCUUUGCAUCAGAAUCGAGUGACACACCUUCAUUAUCCAAAGGAUGAGGUUACUUUUAUUUACAUAUAUGACAGCAGUGGCCACCUGAUGUUCAUUCAACAAGAAGGUGUGAAAUAUUACAUAGCCAGUGAUCAUUUGGGAACACCAGUUGCACUUUUCAAUGCUGAAGGAACCAUUAUCAAAGAAAUGAGCCGAACACCAUUUGGUAGAAUAUUAUCUGACAGCAAUCCAGAUUUUUAUUUGCCAGUUGACUUCCAAAGUGGAAUCAGAGAUCCUUUGACUAAUCUAAUACAUUAUGGAUCUAGAGUAUAUGAUCCUUUAGGAGCUCAGUGGCUUGUUCCUGAUCUGGAUUCAGUGCAGCUUCUUUUAAAAGCUCCAUACAACUUGCAUCUGCACAGAUUUCACAACAAUGAUCCCAUCAAUGUUUUUACAGAGAAUGAUCAUCUAACUGAUUUAGAAGAUUGGUUGUCCGUAGUUGGUUUUGAUACAAGUAAUAUUUUGUUCUCCCACUGUCCUGAUGAAACAUGUAGAAAAUUUACAUAUUUAGAUGAAUGCCCUCCUGCAAUAUCAGGAAUUGGAUGUGCUGUAAAUUCUAUAUCAACGGAGUUUCACAGGUUUUCGACAGUUCCUAAAACAGAAGUAAAAAUCAAUAACUAUUUUCCUCUUACCAUCAGCCCUCGGCUCACCACUAUACAGUCUGUUCUUGGUGAUGGUGUUUUACUUUCAAAUAACCAUGGAAAGGCUCUUGUAAAUACGGUGUCUGAUGGAAUUUUAAGAGACGUUGUUGUUACUGUUUUUAAUGAAACCAAUAUGCUUAAUUUGUGCUUUACUCGAAAUGGCCAAGAUUCUUUCUAUUUCGUUCAAGAAGAUGCGAGCAAAGCUCAAAGGAACUGGGAUCAGUUGCAAAGACUUGGUACUAUGUUUAAUAUUACGAUGCAUAAUGUUGAUCCCAGUGAGGGAAGCAGCGGGCAAGUGGACAUUAAACUACAAAGUCCAAGUAUGAUUCUGAACAUAAGGUAUGGUUCCACAGUGGAGGAUGAGUACAGGCGCUUGAUUCGCGUUGGCAAGCGCAGAGCAAUUGACGAAGCUUGGCAGAUUGAGAAAGAACUUGCUGUUAGUGGACAUAAAGGAAUGUACGAGUGGUCAAAGCUUGAAAAAGAAGAGCUUAUCUCAAGUGGCAGUAUUGCUAAGUUUCACGGUGCGUACAUUUACGACGUAGGACAAUUCCCUGAACUAGUUGAUGAUCCAAGCAAUAUUAUUUUCAAGAAAGAGAGUUCGAGAAAAAGAAGAAACAGGCCUCGGAAACCAAAAUAACCGCUUUGUAAUCAUUUAAACACAUACUGGUCAUUUUUUAUUUUUUAACCACAGUUGCUGACGGAUUAACUCGCUGUUCUCUUGCAUUACGUAUUGAAAAAUAUUUUAGCAACCUCAUUUUGCCACACAUUCAUUCAAUCAUUUGACUGAAUGUCCUCUGUGAUUCUGACCCAUGUUGGGUUAAUGACAUUUAAAAAUAUCCAUUGUACCAAGGUACAUCUCAAGAAGCUUUAUAAAUAUCCUGUCCGAAUUUUGCACAUCGACUUCCAAAACACUUUUAUGAGCUACACUCAGAGGUGAGAGUAACAGAAUGCACUGUACACACCAGCCAUUUCUCACACAUGAUAUACUGAUCGUGGAUGAUCUGUGAUUAUAUUUAGACUUAUUGAAUCCUGAUGGCACGGCCAUCUUGGUCAAGGACAUGGUGCUGUGGCAUGUGGGUCCAUGUUAUAACAAUGUUGGAAACACCAAGCCCAUCCAAGCUUACACCAUUAACGCAUUUUACAACUUGGAAUUUCUGAGACUUGAAAACUUGUGAUGAUGGAAAGUAUAUAAUGAGGGCUUGUGUUUAUUUCCACUUAAGUCAAUUACCUACAAAGAUGUAACAAGUUUUAAAAGCCUUCCUCUGUAAAAUAAGAAAAGAGUGUACAUGCAUGUAUAGCUAAUAUUGUGAAUUUUUUCCUUUCAUAGUAUCCUAUCUGCUUGCUUACAUAAAGAUUUAAAAGAAAACAAAUCUGAAAACUCUUUGGACCAAAAAGAAUACUUUAUUCUUAAUUUUUUUAAAUGCACAUGUCUGUAAAUUCUAUACUUGCCUUAUGAAAUCUAAGACUUUGUGAAGUGAUUUAUGUAUGUUUUCAAUCUUUGAAAUUAUUCACUGUAUCUGUGAUGAAUUUGUGACUGUCAUGCUUUAUAUAAUACUGGUGCAGCCAAAGCCAUAUUGUUUAAGUUAAUCAAUAUUUUAUAAAAUUACUGAAUUCUUGUGUUGAUGUGUGAUAAAAAUAGAUUAAUUAGGUAUCAAAAUAGGUCAGUGCUAUCAAUUCAUUUGAAUUGGUUCUAUUCUAAUGUUUUAGUUUUACGAGAGUAAAUUAUAUCUGUUUUGCAAAUCAUAUUUUUGUCAUGAAUUUAUCAUUUAUUUGGAUAUUCAAAUUAUUGAAAUGUGAAGCAAUGGGAAAAAUAGGAUAGUAUUUUAAUUGCUUUUCCAUUCCUCUCAAAGUUGUUUCACAAAACAGUAAUUAAAACAAAAUCAAAUGCAAUUAAUCUAGUUUGAAUUUCUUCUCAACCCUAUAAUAAUUAGCAAUUAUUUGAAGAAGGCUUGUUUUAGUGAAUACUGACUUCAUACCUUUUUAUUUUUGGCCAAUAAAGUCAGUAUUUAUUCCCCCGCCCACCGCCAAUCAGUUUUGACCUCUCUUUAAGUCAUAAAUUAUUUAAAUAUUAAUAAUUGUUAUGUUGUAGAAACAUCAUAAGAAGAAUUGAAGCAAUAAGCUUUAUUUAUUAAGUGACAUUUCAUGAUAUAAUUCAUCGUUUCUGAUACAAGUCAAAAAAAAAAACAUUAUGGCUCUGCCUGCAACAAGAAGAAAUUUUGCUUU